AUGAAGCAAAGAUUCUCGUCGUUGGAUGUCAAGGUAAUCGCACACGAGCUCAAUCAGAGCUUGGUGACGCUACGUCUAGCCAACGUGUACGACCUUUCGUCCAAAAUCCUGCUCUUCAAGUUCGCCAAACCCGAUAAUAAGAAACAAUUGGUUGUUGAUACCGGAUUUCGCUGCCACUUGACGAAAUUUUCACGAACUACAGCUGCUGCUCCGUCGGCUUUCGUGGCUCGACUGAGGAAGCUCCUGAAAACGAGGCGAUUAACUUCAGUAUCGCAAGUUGGCACUGACAGAAUUCUGCAAUUGCAAUUCAGUGACGGACAGUAUAGACUCUUCCUAGAAUUUUUUGCGAGCGGUAAUAUCAUUCUGACCGAUGCCGACUUGAAAAUUUUGAGCCUUGCCCGAAAUGUCUCGGAAGGAGAUGGUCAGGAACCCCAACGUGUCGGUCUGCAAUAUUCACUCGAGAAUCGACAAAAUUUCCACGGCAUUCCCCCCCUCACCAGGGAGAGGGUACAAGUGGCCUUGCAGUCGGCAGUUGACAAAGCUGCCGCCACUCCAGCGUCCAAAAAGCCGAAAGGAAAGCCGGGCGGCGAUUUGCGAAAAUGUUUGGCCGUAUCAAUUACCGAACUCCCCCCGGUUCUCGUAGAUCAUAUCCUGCAGUCCAAUAACUUCGAUACGGCUGUCAACCCGGCCGAGAUCCUGGAAAACGAAGUAUUGUUGGAUGAGCUUGUCAAGCUCCUAUCAGAGGCCAAAUCUUCAGUUGAGGGCAUAACCAGCUCUGAAAUAUGCACUGGGUAUAUUUUUGCAAAAAGACGGGAUGGAAACCCCAUCAAAGAGGCCCAAGGCAGCGAGGCAGCGACAAACCGCGGCGAGCUACUAUACGAGGACUUCCACCCAUUCAUUCCUCACAAGCUUCAGAGAGACCCAAGCAUAAAAGCGCUAGAAUUCAAAGGCUAUAAUCAAACAGUGGAUGAGUUCUUCUCGUCUUUAGAGGGUCAGAAGUUAGAAACUAGGCUAAACGAGAGAGAAGCAGCGGCAAAAAGAAAGCUGGAUGCAGCCAAGGCAGAUCAAGCCAAGAGAAUCGAGGGCCUGCAAGAUGCUCAGACAUUGAACAUGCGCAAAGCGGCUGCAAUUGAGGCAAAUGUGGAAUGGGUACAAGAAGCUAUGGACGCGGUCAAUGGCCUUCUCGCGCAGGGUAUGGACUGGGUAGACAUUGGAAAACUUGUCGAGCGAGAAAAGAAGCGGAAAAACCCCGUGGCAGACAUUAUUGUCCUUCCCCUUAAUCUUGCUGAAAAUUUAAUUACACUCAGCCUAGCUGAAGAAGAGGAGGAGGAGGCGGAGGAAGCGGAUCCCUUUGAGACAGAUGACAGCGAUUCCGAAGACGAAAACGAGGCCAGUACCAUCUCAAAGAAAAGUGAGAAGCCAGCCAAGGGUUUAAACGUUGAGAUUAAUCUCAAGCUGAGCCCCUGGAGUAACGCUCGAGAGUAUUAUGAACAACGGCGGACCGCAGUUGUAAAAGAAGAGAAGACGCAACAGCAGGCAUCCCGGGCUCUCAAAAAUGCAGAGCAAAAGAUCGUGGAAGACUUGAAGAAGGGACUGAAACAAGAAAAGGCUCUCCUGCAGCCUAUCAGGAAACAAUUGUGGUUCGAAAAGUUCCUCUGGUUCAUCUCCUCCGACGGUUACCUUGUGCUUGGUGGCAAAGAUGCUCAGCAAAAUGAAAUAUUGUACAAGAGAUAUCUGCGAAAGGGUGACGUAUAUUGUCAUGCCGACUUGAGAGGAGCACCAAGUGUUAUUAUCAAGAACAACCCAAGCACGCCGGAUGCACCUAUACCUCCGGCAACUUUAGCCCAGGCAGGCAAUCUGUCGGUUUGCGCUUCCGAAGCAUGGGACCAGAAAGCAGGUAUGGGGGCAUGGUGGGUUAAGGCGGACCAAGUUUCGAAGUCGGGACCUGCAGGAGAUUUUUUGCCAACUGGUAAUUUUAUGGUGCGAGGACAGAAGAACUUUUUAGCCCCGGCACAACUUCUACUCGGUCUUGGGAUCAUGUUCAAGAUUAGUGAAGAAAGCAAAGCGCGACAUGUCAAACACAGAAUACAUGAUGUUGACUCGGCUCUGGGCUCAGACGUAGCGACAAGUCGCAACGAUAUGCAGAGCCUUGCGUCGGUGGCAGACUCUCAGGAAAAGGAACCAGAAGACGAUGUAACUCAGUCCGACAAUGAAAGUGAUGACGGCCGAGAACAGGAGGAUGCCCGCGCAAACCCCUUGCAGGCUCCUGAUGCUGCAGAGGACGACGAAGUAGACGAAGCCACAGGUGCAGUGUCAUCCUUGAACCUCACAGAGCAGCCAACUGGUGAAGGCGAUGGCGAGGAUGAGGCAGCAGAAACAGGCACGAGUCGAGACGAAUCGGAACUGGCGACAGAAGCGUCCGAGGCACCUACCAAGACAUCGGACUCCACGACUCAAACCGCCGCUACACCAUCCUCCCAUUCCAAGAAAGGACCUCCUAAGCGCGGCCAAAGGGGCAAAGCAAAGAAGAUUGCUCUCAAAUACAAGGACCAAGACGAGGAGGACCGCGCCGCCGCCGAGGCACUAAUCGGCGCAACUGUCGGCCAGAAACGACAAGAGGCAGAGGCCAAGGCCAAGGCGGACAGGCAAGCCGAGCUAGAUGCUGCCAGAGAACGACGCCGUGCCCAACACCAGCGACAGCAGAAAGAAAUUGCGGAGCACGAAGAGGUUAGGCGGGUGAUGAUGGACGAAGGCAUCGACGUGCUCGACGCAGAUGAAGCCGAGAAGGCUACUCCUCUCGAUGCCCUAGUCGGCACUCCCCUACCGGGCGAUGAGAUUCUCGAGGCCAUCCCCGUAUGUGCUCCUUGGAACGCCCUCGGCAAGUUUAAAUACAAGGCGAAGCUGCAGCCCGGUGCCGUGAAAAAGGGCAAAGCUACAAAGGAAGUCAUGGAGCGCUGGAAAGCGGAUUCUAGCAAAAAGGGCGCCGUGGACGAAUCGUCCCUUGAUUCGGAAAGGAUGUGGCCUCGGGAGGUAGAGCUGAUCAAGGGCAUGAAGGUGGAGGAGAUUGUGAACUGCGUCCCCGCUGGGAAGGUGAGAGUCAUGAUGUCUGGUGGAAGUGGUGGUGGCGGCGGAGGAGGAAAAGGCGGACAAAAGGGCGGCGGCAAAGGCGGCAAAGGAAAGGCCAAGAAAUAG